AUGGAGGGUCUAACUGCCCUCUUGAAUGGGAAUGUGAACAAUUGCAACGUUUUUCGGGACUGUGGUGGCGCUAAAUGUGUGCACGGAAUGGUCGUCUAUGAAACGUGUAGGACAAAAGCUUUAGGUGUGGUAAGAGAGUUGAUUGUGAGUGGAUCGGGAGAAGAAGACAUGUCGAUGUUGUUAAGCGGGAUGCACGCGGCGCCAAACGACGCAUAUAGACUCAAAUUGCACAUUCUGAAGGCAUUACUGGUUUGUCUGAGGGACUCUCAUCGGACGAGAACUAUUUUUAGAAAGGUGAGCGGUUUCGUUUACGUGACCAGCGUGUUAGUGUCGUUGGAGGGAAGAUUAAAAGGAGGCACUCUGCUGUCCCGAGAUAUGCUGCAUCUCAUACAUGUGGUGUUUUAUACUAUCACAACAGCUAUGCGCUUCGAACCUGCCAACGCCAAGUUCUUUCACCACGAGAUCUGCAUGACAACUCUAUAUGAAACGAUAAGACUGCUGGGAUGCUUCACCAGUGAUACUGAGCUUCUCAAUGACACUGAAGCGGGAGACCAAGAGCUGUAUGAAGUCUUUCAUGAGAUCUUUACCAGCAAUAUAUUGGAGACCACAUUUCCUGAGAAAGUCCCGGCGGAGUUUAUUCACGCCAGUAUAGUGUUGAGGUUACUUUACGACGUUGCCCUGGAUUGCUUCGACAAACCAUCGUUUUUUGGAUUACUCAAUGUUAAAUCGCCAAGUUUGACUCGACAGAGCUCUGCUAUUAAUGAGGCCAAACCUGCGGGUAGAUCGGCACCUUUGAACCUGUCGAUAGGUGCACCCUCAAACGAGGCGUGGGUGAUACACCCGGGCGUGGUCAUCGUGUUGGCCAAGCUGUUGCCCGCGCUGCCACGCCCAUCGCAACACGAGGACUAUGCGAGGGCGCUUAGAGAUUACUUGGCGCACGUUUUGAAGAGUCUUGUGAGAAGUGAACGCAACCAGCAAGUGAUGUGCGUGGGAGGCCUGGCCGGCGUCGUGCUUCGGGAGUGCGGCUGGGCCUUGCGCAACGAGAGACAUCCCUUGCACGCGCCCGCCUUGUACGUGCUGGAACGAUUGGCUGCCCACGCUCUGAAGCCUUCGGAUCUCAGGGAUUUCCUACGGAUGGGCAGUCCGUUGAACUGUUUGGCGCCGGAGUCCGGACAAGUCAGUAAGCCCGGGGGACCAGUGCCAUUGACGAGGAUUAAAACUUUGGUUUCCAUGACAACGCCUCGAGAUUAUAGGGCACAAAAUUCGUGCACGUUACCACCGUUCGUGGAGUUCGACAUGUCUGCGGAGGGCUUCGGCUGCCUCUACCUCCCCAGCAUCGCUCCUCAGGCGGCUAACUUGAACGCCCUCGGCUCGCAAGACUCCUCUACGCUCGGGGGAAUUGGAUCGGGCGACCGAGUUUUCCCUCCUCAAACGGGGCUCACUUAUUCCACGUGGAUCUGCGUGGAAAAGUAUUCCGAGGCCCGUACGGACCCACACUGUGUCCGUUUGCUGACCCUCGUACGGAAUAUUAACAACUCAAGGGACGACCACCUCGUGUGUUUGGCUCUGGUGUUGUCAGCUCGGGAUAAAGCUAUCAUUGUAUCGACGCAGGAGACUUUAGUUCCCCACAAUGUUGGUGAAUGGGAGCCCGAGGGUGUAGGCGAAUGUGGCGCCCGUGUGUGGUGUCCCGACUUGCAGCACGAGGGUCAGUGGCGCCAUCUAGCCCUUGUCCUCAAUCGGGCCGUACUCAAGAACUCUUCCUUCUCGCUCUAUCUUGACGGGCAACAUAUGCACUCGGGAAAGUUACACUACGUAAGCGCUAACCCGGGCGGUGGAGCCGCCACCUUAUCGGGAGCCUCUAGCGUUUACUGCGUCGUGGGGACUCCGCCCCAUUGGAGGCGCUAUUCCAGGCUUCUUUGGAGACAGGGACCUGCACUACUGCUGGAGGAUGUAUUGCCCGCACAAACAAUAUCGGUGAUAUACCAGUUGGGGCCGCACUACAUGGGAACAUUGCAAGCGCCAGUUCUUCCUGGCCCGAAUCAGGAACCAUUAGGACCUUUGGUGGCCGAAGAGAAAGUUAUAUUCGGGAUAAACGCUCGGGCGCUUUCCCAACUGACACUCGCGAAGAUUCGCAAAGUGUAUAGCAAGAAUGAUAAUAAGGCGAUUGCCAAGCAAUUGGGAAUGUCGUCCCAUGAAAAUGCUACCCCAAUAAGGGUGUUACAUAACUCCGCGGGACACUUGGUGGGACCCGCCAGGUGCCUGGGAGGGGUCGUUGUGGGGUAUUUGGGUGUGAGAGUGUUUUGUCCUAAACCAGCGGCCAUAAUGAUCGACACAGUGGGCGGAUGUUCAGUGUUACUAGGUCUCAUAGCAAUGGCUCAGGACGUGGAAUGCUUGUACGCCGGUGUCAAAGCUUUGGUCUGUGUCGUUCGCUCGAACAAGGCCGCCCAAGCAGAAAUGGACAGGCGGAAAGGAUACCAGACAUUGGCAAUGUUAUUGAAGAAGAAGAAGCAGCUUCUCAAUUCACAUAUUCUGCAUCUUAUUUUUGGCUUGGUCGGCACUGUAGACAGCCAGAAGGAAACGUCAUCGAUACCCAACUUGACAGCUUUUCAGGACUUGAUAUGCGAUCUAGACGUAUGGCUGGGCGCGCCCAGUGGCCUGAUAAAGUCCCUCUUGGAGCAUUUACUAGAGUUAGCGACGGAAACAGCUCACAGAACGCACAACUUACGCACAAUGAGAGAGUUGCAACUCGUACCGAAAUUAUUGUAUAUCGUCAACGAUGUCAAAGUGGGAAGCACAAAAAAUGUUCUGAUCAAUUUGCUAGCGGCUUUGCUGGGAGGUCAACCGCGGCCCAGCGAUCUCUUGUGUCUUGGUCAAUAUAUGGCCUAUACCCUGCCGUUACCUACGCAAACGGAACAGAAUAUACCCAUAACGGACGAUUUUGAGAAGGAUUCUGAGGGCGAAGUUAUAAUAUUGAGGAAUAAAUGUUUGUGCGUGCUCCAUACUUUGUUGUUCACGAACCGGAAUUUAGUGAACACGAUCGUCUGCGAGGAGAUCUCUAGAGUUCUGGGCAUGGAUUGGCUUUUAAGCUUUAUGCAAGAGAAUGUUCAUCCGGCAACUGUGCUGUGGGCGUUGAGGAUUUUGGUCAUUUUGUGCUCUGGACAGGGACAGCAAAGUGCCAUAAUGCAAAGGUUCCGCGAGGGCUUAAGCACGGGCGGAUGGGUGCGUCACGCGGAAGUGUGCGGGACAGGGCAGGCGGGCGUAGUUUUGCCCGCUGCUGCGCUCGCGCAUCCCAGGUUGCACGCGCCCCUGCUUUAUACAUCUGGAUUCACGCUGCUUGCCUGGCUCUCUCUCUUCCACCUUCAAAUACCAGAGCUAUAUUACCUUCUAUUCGGUCUCACCCUCGGACAACCGAUGCGUCAAACGGGCCCAGACAAGACCGUAUCAGUUGAGCGCGUAUGGGCCGCAGCUUGGGGGGCUGCAGCCCCACAAAGACAGUCUUCAGCUGCUUUGGCGGCGAGAAUCACCCUGUGCCCGGAGGCUGUUGUCAUACUCUUGGCAACUGUUAGGUCCCUGGUACAUGGCGAGUCCCUGCCCGAGUGGUUGAAUGACCAUCCUGUUGGUAUUAUACAGGUACUAUUUUCCCUGUACAACACGUUACCAGACUUCGUCACCUUGAUGAUGACAGCCGAGGUGCUCAGCGCUCUCGCCUCUAUUCUCUUUCCACCAAACGCCUCUGACGAGAUCCAUAUGCCCGUGUGUGAGAGCGGAGAUAGCUCUGGUGCGUCGACUCCAGGCUCCGAGAAGGACGUGGUGUUGGUCAGCAGCUCAGCGACCCUCACCCAGCAUCCGGCUCGACAGGCUGUCAUGGACUUCAUCAAAGUCAUCGUACUGGACUCGCUGCCUCUUAAUGUGACCGCUAAAGCCUCCCCGAGUCUGAUCGCGAACGACUCGGUGCCUCCGUCAAUGUUUUGUACGCCCUGCUCCACACAGAGAUCGUACUUUUAUUGCGUGAUUGAUUUAGUGCUAGACGCAUCACCUGCUAACUCGACAAGUGAGCAACAGAUUGAAUACCAAACAGAAGUACUGACGACCGUCAUGGAGAAUCUUCUCAAUACAGAACUGUUUGGCUCCGAGUCGAAUAUAUCUAAUGUGUGCUACUUGGCGGCGAGACUCGUUGAUAAACUGUGGCAAGGGCAACUGUCUAGAGAUCCUCACGAGGUUUUCGAUUUCCUUGUAAAGUUGGUCACACAAGCCAAGAAAAAGUCUCUAAUGGUGUCGUUGGAGGGACUUCACCACUGCCUCAACAGGACCAUACUAUUCCUAUUGUCUCGCCCAACGGACUCUAUCGCCGAUCAGAUGUCCGUACUGGAAGCAUUACACAAAUUAACUACCAAUAGGCUGGUGAUAUUCGGGGCAGGCAACCAUUCUCUGGAGUUCAUGGGGUGUCUGACAUACUGCCUACUGCAGCUUAGUGCAAGUAUGCGUGUGGCACUAGACGUACAACAUAGGACCACCUGGCAUGUCAAUCCAAGUGGAGACUUAGAGGCUCAUGAUGACCGUCUUACUGCUCAUCAGGGUCGCAACUUAAUGGCGGGUGCGGCUCGUCGCGUGUGGGAGGAGCUAUACGCGUGUAAGAAGCCAGCAAUCGAAGAAGUCUUCAAGGUGUCUCUGAGUGCUCCACCACCUGGAGCUAAAGCCCCUGACCUUGGGGUCGUGAGGGAGACCCUUCACGAUGCUGCCCAUCGCCUUUGGACGCAUUAUGUGGAUGCAGAAAGGAAGGCCGUGUACCGCGUGCCGUGGGAGCUGCACAAUCAGAUUCAAUCGAAGAUACAAAAGGUGACAGGUGGACUGACACGACUGGCGUCUCGGACGAAGGUCAAACGGGAAGACACGGGGAAGCUGCGACCGAGGUUAUCGAAGCAUCACGCUCUGGCGUAUAUGCAAGAUCAUGUCCAAUUAGUCAGACAAUCGUGGUUAUCGAGCGCCCAGUGUGCGGCAAAUACGAGCGCGCACACGACUCGGUACGUGCAAGCGGAAUGGUCGGGAGUAUGGAGGGAACUCACGCGUGAGAGAGCCCUCUGGGGCCCCCCUAGACCUUCGCCCCUUGACAAGUGGGCGCUGCAUUGUACUGAGGGACCCUGCCGUAUGAGGAAGCAGCUUCGACGGAACUAUUCCUUCUACGCUCAUUAUCCCUUUAGACCGCUCCUGGAGAAGGCUGAAAAUCGUCAGCUUAAAUACAAAGUAGCUCAGAGCCGUGACAGCAAGGAGUACUACCGCGUGUACCAGCAGUGGCGCUCCCAUGCCGCGUUGGGAGAAGCCGACAGCGUCGAAGUUGACGGACAGGCUAUGGAGGAUGAUCUCACCAGUACCAGAGAUACGUCAGUGGAAGUAAAUAACGAAGAAGGCAGUCCAUCUGAUCUCGUGAGCAGCGGAGUCGUUAGUCGAGGGAAUAAUAAUUCCACUGAAGCAAGUGAAGAUGGACCCGAUAAUGAAGACGAAGAUGAACAAGCUCCUCCACCAGAUAAUCAGACGCUGUUACGGCUGCUAGAACAUCAUGAGAAGAUUACACACAUGUUCCGAUGCGCCCGUAUCCAAGGCUUGGAUACGACUGAAGGUCUCCUCCUCUUUGGACGAGAGCACUGCUACGUCAUCGAUGGCUUCACCCUACUCAAGAAUAGAGAGAUUCGAGACCUGGACAGCUGUCCUGAUGACUAUGACCCCAUACUGCCGAGCCAAGCUAUACAGAGGAGCAAUCAGCGGCAAUGCUCCAAGUUCCUAUAUGAAGAUAUACGAGAGGUGCACAAACGAAGAUAUCUCCUGCAGCCCAUUGCUUUAGAAGUAUUUUCGAGUGAUGGUCGCAAUUAUCUGUUGGCCUUUCCCCGAAAAGUAAGGAAUAAGGUGUACAGCCGCUUUACAGCUGUAGCCACAGGUAUGGCGGAUAGCGCAGCAGGUUCCGUGGCAGGUCAAAAGAGGGGCGUGGCGGUAGAGCAACCAGGUGGUCUUCUAGCUUCUCUCAUUGGAGACACCUCUGUUACGCAGCGAUGGCUGCGCGGCGAAAUAACUAACUUCCAGUACUUGAUGCAUUUAAAUACUUUGGCUGGACGGUCAUACAAUGACCUAAUGCAGUACCCCGUGUUUCCCUGGAUUCUGGCGGAUUAUGACUCCUUGGAACUGGACCUAAAUGACCCGGCCACCUUCAGGGAUUUGAGCAAACCAAUGGGCGCACAGAGCUCUGACAGAUUGGAUCAAUUCAGGAAACGAUAUAAGGAAUGGGACGACCCUCACGGAGAGACCCCGCCCUACCACUACGGCACUCACUACUCGUCCGCCAUGAUCGUGUGUUCGUACCUUGUACGGAUGGAGCCCUUCACGCAGCAUUUCCUGAGACUGCAAGGGGGGCAUUUUGACCUGGCAGACAGAAUGUUUCAUUCUAUAAAAGAAGCAUGGAAUUCCGCAUCGAGACACAAUAUGGCCGACGUGAAGGAAUUGAUUCCGGAGUUUUUCUAUUUACCUGAAUUCUUGGACAACUCAAAUAAUUUUGACUUAGGCUUCAAGCAGUCGGGCGUAGCUCUAGGCGACGUAGUACUUCCCCCAUGGGCAAAGGGCGACCCGCGAGAAUUCAUCAGAGUCCACCGAGCGGCACUAGAGUCUGACUUUGUGUCCCACCGCCUGCAUCAUUGGAUCGACCUGGUUUUCGGCUACAAGCAGCAGGGCCAGCCGGCUGUGGAUGCCUGCAACGUGUUCCAUCAUUUGUUCUACGAGGGCAACGUCGAUAUUUACAAUAUCGAUGAUCCGCUCAAGAAAACGGCAACGAUAGGCUUCAUCAACAACUUUGGGCAAAUACCAAAGCAGCUAUUCAAGAAGGCCCACCCCAGUAAGAAGAUGUCCCAGCGGACCUCUACUAUAUUGGACCCUAACAACAUCAUUCCCUCACAAGGAGUCAUCACUCCUCCUGACAAAUUGUUUUUCCACAAUUUGGAGAAUUUGAGGCCUUCAUUGCAGCCGGUUAAAGAGGUAAAAGGCCCAGUAGGUCAGAUCCUGUACACGGAAAAGGCCAUCUUGGCCGUUGAGCAGAACAAAGUACUGAUGCCUCCAACAUACAACAAGUACGUGGCCUGGGGCUUUGCGGAUCAUUCGCUUCGAGUGGGCCACUACGACAGUGAUAGGGCCGUGUUCGUCUGUGAAAGCGUGGCGCAGGCUGCAGGAGAGAUCGUCACGUGUGUGUGUCUGUCCGAUAAGACCCUCGUGACCGCUGGAACGAGCACGGGUUGUAACGGAGGCCUACUUAGCGGAGGCGGAGGCGGAUGCGGAGGUGAAGAGGUUCGCCUCCGCGGAUGCGAAGGUUAA